AUGCCUGAUCAAAUAAUUCUUUCGACUCUUCGCCUUAAUCAUACCUUUCCCUCCCCUGCUCUCAAAUCCAAAUGGCGAGAUCGAAUAACCCCAGCUGAACUAAUUAGCCUCAAUUUGACACCAAAAGAAAUUACAAGGCAAGAAUUAAUAAAUGAACUGAUUGUAACAGAAGCCGACUACCUCGCUGAUCUAAAGUUUGUACAUCGAGUAAGUAAAAAAUGCAAUGAAAAAAUUAAGAGUUGGGAAUGGUUGGGAAUGGUUGCAUGGCAUGUCGAGCAACUGGAAUUCACCUCGAAUUCUCGAGAUCGGUCGUUCUGCAAGCAGGCUCUUCAAAAAGGAAUAAGACCGUGCGAACAAUUGGUACGCCUAUUCAGCAAUAUCGAAGAUAUGAUAAGAUUACAUGACAACAUUCUUAUGUGUUUGCAGUCUCGUCAAAUGAAACAGCAACCAUGCAUCACAGCUGUAUCGGAUGUACUUUUACCAUUUGUUGAUCGGUUCGAUAUCUAUGAAUCAUAUUUGGUGAAUUAUACGACAGCAACGCAACAGCUCGAAAAGGCAGUUAACGAAGAGAGUGAAUAUGGAAAUUUUGUAAAACAACAAGAACAAUUGCCCAUUUGCAGAAAGUUGCCGUUGCAAGCUUUUCUUAUAGCACCUGUCCAAAGAUUGGCAAAGUAUCCUUUACUAUUUAAGAGUUUACUCGAUGCGACACCGCAACUCAGUUCGGAUUUUUGUCCGACGCACAAACUUUACAAGGGCAUGGAUGCAUUCAUUCGCAAAAUCGAGGACGCUAAACGGAAAGAAGAGAGUCACGGACGUGUUAUUGAACUCCAGAGUCUAAUCAAGAUACCUCUUAGUUUUAACCUGCUCAAACCCGGAAGAGAGCUCAUAAAUGAGGGUUAUUUAUGCGGAGUGAUUAUUCCUGAAUCACCAGGAGCCUAUAGUCCCGAACAAAAUGCCGAGCCACAGAAAAUCCGACUUUAUGUAUUCCUAUUCUCAGACAUUGUUUUAUGGACGCGUGAAAAGAAUGGACAGUACAAAUUAAUAAUCCCGCCGGCAAGAAUCACGAACGUUUCUGAAAAUUCGGACGGUUUGUUUGAAGUUACGUCUGUGCAUACGGGAAAGACUACGUUUCUGCUCUCUGCACCGAAUGUAAAGGACAAGACUGUGUGGAUAAAAUCGUUACGCAGUGUCUUGAGACGACAUACAAAUCGUGGAAAUGACGAAAGGUUGGAUGAAUGGUGGUUUUAUUCUGGUUAG